AUGACUAAUGGGCCUACUGGCUCACAAGAUUCCCUAAGAGCUACCACGGGGCCAGAGGUUGAAGGUCUUGACAAUAUUUGUCUUAAUACUGAGACAGAAGAAAAUAAAGAACCUGAUCCAAAAAUACGUGGGAAGGCGUCGGCAAUAUCAUGGACACAAGAGGAAGAUAUGUUGCUUUGUCGCGCAUUUUGUACUAUCUCGAGUGAUCCCAUCAUCGGUGCUCAACAAAGUUUUGAAGGCUUCUGGAAACGAAUCACUCAAUAUUAUAAUGAAACAGCUAAUGCUAGAAACUUGCUUGAGAGAUCUAUGGAUUCAACAAAAUCUCACUUCUAUGCUUUUCAUGCAGAUUGCCUUAAAUUUAAUGCAUCCAUAAACAGGUUUCGGGCUGACCAAAGGAGUGGUGAAAAUGAUGCUAUUGUGUUACAAAAUGCAUUAACAGAGUGGAAUAGUGAAGGAAAAAGAAAAGGAGGCUUCAAGUGGCUUCAUUGUUGGGAGAUUUUGAAGAAUAUCCCAAAAUUUCAAGGGACUGGUGGAGCAAGUCGUGGAGGAAAAAAAUCUAGGACAUCAGAGUCGGGAGAUCACACUUCUGGAUCUGGACAAGAUGUGGAGCAUGUUGGUGAUGACGAUGAAAGAUAUGUGCGUCGCCCCAUCGGCCAGAAGGCAGCGAAGGAUGCAAAACGAAAGGGAAAAAGUGGCACAGGGAGUAGUACUGAUCAAAGAGCUAAACGUAUGUUGGAUGCAUUUGGACAAAUUAUGAGUAUGCACGAGAAGCAACAAAAGGAGAUAAAGAAGUUGGUACGCAUAGAGUCGUGGAAGACCUAUAGAGAAAUGCUAAAGGAAGAUACUUCAACUAUGACUGAAGAAGAAUUAGAAGCUCAUUAUGGGCUUCUUGCAGAACUGAAAGAGGAAUUAGGCCUCAAUUAA